AUAGUAUUUUUUCACAGCUGAUCAGUAGAGUCAAAGAAAGCCUUCAUCUGUGCUGCCCCCACCUCAUCAGAAACCCAAACAGCACCCCGUCCGCCAGCGCGAGGUCUUCUGCUGUUAUCACAGGUAUUCCAUCGUCUUUGGGCGACACCCUCGUCUGUUGCAGAAUCUCUGCCGAGAGCAUCUCCAGCAUCCUGUAGAGAACCACUUCCACUCCCUCAACGCCGUCCACGCCCUUCUUCAGCCUCCUUGCUAGGCCUUCCACGUGCCCAUACAUUGAGUAAAACAUAAUGAAGAUCCUCAGCCUCGUAGCAGCGGCAGCCACCCCAUUCGACGACGCUUGGCCGUUUUUGGUGGUGUCAUCUGUGGAAAAAUUGAAAGAGACGGUUUAAUUGGGAUUGCUGCAACAUCUUCUUUCAAGUGAAAGAGAGGGUUUGGGUGUAGAACAGUUUUAGAAUUUGAAUUGAAAAUUGAAAUUUUUUAAAAUCAAUCUGAAGUCGCGCAAUCAUCCAAUCAAAAAGCUAGCAUUUCCGCUUUCUCCAGCUAAAUGGUGGUUUUGGGAUUGCUGCUCGAUUCACUCCAUUCAACCCACUGGACAAACAACUCCCCCAGGCACCUUACACCAGGUAAGAAGUUCUUGUUGAGGAUGGAGAUUGCUGAGGCCACUCUUGUCUUUGUUACAGCAAAAAGCCAAAAACAACAGGACCUUGCAACAGUGGAAAAAUGGCAGGGUUUUCCCCUCACGUGUUCCUUCUUCUCCGCGGAAUUUGAGGAUCUGCACUGUUUCAAUGAGUAAGGCUUCAAGUUACAUACCAGCUGCUCCAAUUUUUCUUCCUGAAGGACCUUGGAAGGAGAUUCCAGGAGGAGUUACUGCUGCAGAGGGAUUUAAAGCUGCCGGAAUGUAUGGAGGAUUACGUGCCAAAGGAGAAAAGCCCGACCUUUCACUUGUUACGUGUGACGUUGAUGCUAUAUCUGCAGGGUCAUUUACAACAAAUGUGGUUGCUGCUGCACCAGUAUUAUACUGCAAAAAGAUAUUAGAUAUUUCAAAAACUGCACGGGCUGUAAUAACUAAUGCAGGCCAAGCAAAUGCAGCUACGGGUGAAGCAGGUUAUCAGGACAUGUUAGAAUGUGUGGAAAGCCUUGCCAAGCUUCUGAAAGUGAAGCCAGAAGAAGUAUUAGUUGAAUCUACUGGUGUAAUUGGUCAAAGAAUAAAGAAGGGGGCAUUUUUAAGCUCACUUCCCACAUUAGUGGGUUCACUUUCAUCUUCAGUUGAAGGGGCAGAUGCUGCAGCAGUGGCAAUCACAACAACGGACCUUGUUAGCAAAAGCGUGGCAAUUGAGACUUUGGUUGGAGGGACUAAGGUAAGGGUUGGGGGAAUGGCAAAAGGCUCUGGGAUGAUCCAUCCAAAUAUGGCUACCAUGCUCGGGGUAAUAACAACUGAUGCCCGGGUAACCAGCGAUGUUUGGAGAAAGAUGGUGCAGGUUGCUGUGAACCGAAGUUUCAACCAGAUAACUGUAGAUGGAGAUACUAGUACUAAUGACACUAUUAUUGCUUUGGCUAGUGGGUUAUCUGGGUUGGGCUGUAUUUCUUCACUAGACAGUGAUGAGGCUACUCAACUUCAGGCAUGCCUAGAUGCGGUAAUGCAAGGUCUUGCCAAAUCAAUAGCUUGGGAUGGAGAGGGGGCAACGUGCCUCAUUGAGGUCAAUGUAGUGGGUGCAGAUAGUGAGGCUGAAGCUGCAAAAGUUGCUCGUUCUGUUGCAGCAUCUUCACUUGUAAAG